GAACAGCGCAUGCUCAGUACAGCACAUGCGGAGAGCGAACUACACUGAGCCGCCUUCCUGACCAGGGUGGGCAAAGAGCGAAGAUUAUCAGUCAGUUUGGAUCAGAACCGCAGGAAUGGAUCUAGGAACUGAAGGAAAACUGCAGCUGGUCCAGAAACACAUUCGAGCUUUCCCAGACUUUCCAAAGAAAGGCAUCCUGUUCAGGGAUAUCUGUCCCAUCCUGAAGAGUCCAGCUGCUCUUACAGCCGUCACCGACCUGUUUGAGGAACAUGUGAGGAAUCAUUACCAGCAGGUGGAUCUGAUCAUAGGUCUGGAUGCCCGUGGUUUCCUGUUUGGACCUCUGCUGGCCCAGAGACUGGGUGUCGGGUUUGUUCUGGUCCGGAAGAAAGGCAAGCUGCCAGGAACCACCGUCUGUGUGGCCUAUGACCUGGAGUACGGCACGGCGGAGGUAGAGAUCCAGGAGGACGCCGUGGCUCCGGGACAGAAGGUUCUAAUAAUUGAUGAUCUUUUAGCCACAGGAGGAACGCUGUAUGCAGCCUGUGAGCUGAUGAAGAAGCAGCAGGCUGAGGUUCUGGGCUGCAUGGUGGUCAUCCAGCUCAAAGACCUGAAUGGAGCCGACCGUCUGAAGCCACACGGCGUCUUCUCCCUUCUUCAGUACUGAGGAGCGCAGCGGGAGCUGGUGCGCCUCCCAGGCGCUGAAGCACAGAGCCUUAGAGAUCAAAUCAAAGUAUUAUGAGGACGUUUAAGAUGGAGCUUCUGUCCGGCCCAACGUGGCCAGACAGAUGGACACUGAUUCACCCUGAUUGAUCAUUGUCUGCAGCUGGAACCAGGAGUAAAUAAACUCAUCCAUUUAUUGGAGAUCAGAUCCUCCUUAUCUGCCUGUUAUGAAUCCAGCAGCAGAAGGAAACAUUUUAUCUCUGCAAUGAGGAACGACUUGAUUUCAGUUCCUUCUCAUUCAACAUUACAGAGCAGUUCUGUAUCAUUUCAGCCCUGCAACAAUUCAUUGUUAAAUAAAUUCAGAUUUUGUUUUAA